UAAUAAUAUUCAGUUUCUAUGCCGUUCUUCCUUCCAAAGGAGUCCAAGGUAAAUAUGGCCAGGGCAAAAAAGUGUGCCUUAAGCAUACAAUGAAAGCGAAAUAGUGAAGGUGUCACAGCUUAGGGGCUGCCACAGAGAAUGCUGUCCUGAAUCACUCCGCACCCCAAACUUCUGAGGAUGGUGGCACUACCAAGAGGGCUCCCUCUGUCAGUCUUAACACCCCAUUGGGUCUGUGGGGAAGGAGGUGGUUCAAGUGGAAGUUCAAGUGACAUGGCCAGAAAUGUGCUGCGCAAUGAGAACCCUGUUUGUUUUCUGAUUCCCUCGCCCCUUCUCUUUUUCUUAUCGUUUCUUUUGCACUUGCAAAAUCUCUCAGGAUUGCAACAUCUUGGAGAAGACAGGGCUGACGCUCCAGUUGCAGCCACCAUCUCUCCAUCACUUAACCCACAGACCUCUUCCCUUCCCUGCAUCGUAAACUUUGUGUGAUCGUCUGCUUUUAACGUGGCCCCUGAACAGAGAGGAAGAUCUAGCUCUUUCUUGGAGAACUACUUCUGCUGGAUGCUCCUAAGGCGUUCAUCGUGCCGCUUCAGACAUUUGCUUUCCUAUCUUUGCCUUGUGCAUGGCACAGUUUUAGCGCGCCCUUCCCAGGAGAAAUUUAUGCGCUGUGUCACUGAGUGGAUGGGGGUCUGUGCUCCAGGACAUCCUUCAACCCUUGCCGCGAGUUCCUCACUGGCACCAUUGAUCUGCCACGUUAAUGUUGAGUGUGUUGUGUUUUAAAGUGUUAAGGAAAAUGCAGAGACGGCACAGCAGCAUCACUGACAGCCUUCCUCCUGAAAGAAGCCGGAGUCAAACCAUCACUUCUGAGACGAGUGUGGAUGAAGGUGGCGUUUUUGAAGGUCUCAAGACAGAAGCACCCUCUCCUCAGCAACUUUUCUCUGGAUUGGGGGGCAUCCCAUCAGGCACAAUCACAGCCACCCCUUUCCAAUCAAGUUUGGUCCUGGGGUCCUCGGCAGGAGGUGGGGAGGUGUUUAUUCAGAUGCCUGCCCCGCGGGAGGAGGGCCCCAGCCGAACGGAAGGAGGCCCGUAUCACCACCGACAGCAUCCCCACCAUUACCAUCACAGCCACCAACGAGGAUCCUCCCUACUCCACAUGGCCGGUGGUGACCACCAUGGACAUAGCGAAGAAGGCUCUGAGGAUCAGCCAGGGACCCCAGCCCCUGCCCUUUCGGAGUUGAAAGCUGUGAUCUCCUGGUUACAGAAGGGACUUCCAUUUAUCAUGAUUCUCUUGGCUAAAGUCUGUUUCCAGCAUAAGCUCGGAAUUGCUCUGUGUAUUGGCAUGGCAGGCGCGUUUGCAUAUGCAAACUCAACUCUCCGAGAACAAGUAUCCCUGAAGGAAAAGAGGUCAGUACUGGUGGUGUUCUGGAUCCUGGCCUUCCUUGCAGGGAACACCUUGUAUUUGCUCUACACUUUCAGUUCCCAGCAGUUGUACAACAGCCUCAUUUUCCUGAGACCCAACUUGGAGAAGCUGGAUUUUUUUGAUCUGAUGUGGAUUGUGGGGAUCACCGACUUUGUCCUCAAGUACCUCACCAUUGCUUUGAAGUGCCUGGUUGUUGCUCUGCCAAAAAUCAUCCUUGCUGUGAAAUCGAAGGGGAAGUUCUACCUGGUCAUUGAAGAAGUGAGCCAGCUGUUUCGAUCCCUCGUCCCCAUCCAGCUGUGGUACAAAUACAUCAUGGGGGACGAUCCGUCCAGCAGCUAUUUUCUGGGGGGGAGUCUCCUCAUCAUGUAUAGCCUCUGCAAAUCUUUUGACAUCUGUGGUCGCGUGGGAAGUGUGAGGAAGGCCCUGAAGGUCCUUUGCACCCCUCAGAGCUACGGGGUCCGUGCGACCAAUCAGCAGUGCAGCGAGGCGGGCGACAUCUGUGCCAUCUGCCAGGCUGAGUUCAGGGAGCCUCUCGUCCUCUUAUGCCAGCAUGUCUUUUGCGAAGAGUGCCUCUGCCUUUGGUUUGACCGGGAGAAGUCCUGCCCGCUCUGCCGCGCUGUGGCCGUGGAAACCCUGCGGUGUUGGAAGGACGGAACCACCUCUGCUCACUUCCAGGUGUAUUAAAUCCGAUGGCUGCAGUGAUGUCUUUGUGUGUGUGUGCGUGGUGGGGGGGGAAGAGGAGGAGGAGGAGUAUUGGCUUGGAUACUUCUUUGAAGUCAUUGCACCCCCCAGCCCCACAAACGCAGUCCUGUCUCCAGCUGGAGCUUUGAAUCUUCUGUCCGGAGCUGUCGGAAGCUGCGGAGAAGCUUCUCUUUUCGUCGCUUUGGCCUCCGUUUCUGCCUCUUUUACUCAGAGCCAGCCGGGUCCUUAAGGGGAGGGCCGUAGCUCCGUGGCAGAGCAUCAGCUUUGCGUGCAGAAAGGUGCCAGUUCGAUUCCCGGCGUCUCGACAGGUUGCACUGGGGAAGAACCUUCUCCGUCUGAAACCCUGGAGGGCUGCUGCCACUCAGUGUAGACAUUACUGAGCUAGGUGGAGCCAAUGCCCUGAUUUGGUAUAAGGCCAGCCUUCUAUUUAAUUCGGCCCUUUAGUUAGAACCGUGAGGACUAGAAUCAUCUUCUUUAUUAUUAUUUAAUGGGAAGGGCGUUAGCUUAGUAGUAGAGCUUCUGUUUUUCAUGCCGAAGGUCCCUGGUUCGGCCCCUAGAGAUAAGGAAGGGCCUUCUCCGUCUGACUAGCAGCUGCUCAGUGUAGGAGGUGCUGAGUUAGAUGUGACCACUUACACUGACAUGGUAUAAGGCACUCCUAUUCCGUUCUUUAUUUAGAAUUAUGAGGACUAGAAUCUUGCCUCCUAGGAAGGAGGGGCAUAGCUCAGUGCUAGUACUGAGGUAGGUGUUCUGACUCAGUAUAAGGCAACUUCCCAUUUACCUAGGAGUGUUUGAAGACGAGGGGUGGAUCCAGUGGGCAAGUCUCUUGCAUUUGCUCUGGAUGCUGAGUGCAUCCUUUGCAGGCAAGAGGUCUCAGGUUUCAACCCUGGCAUCUCCAGGUACGGCUAGGAAAGAACCAUGGAGAGCCUCUGCCGAACAGAGUAGACAGUACUGAAGUAGCUGGACCAAUGGCUCUGACUCAGUAUGACGCACCUUCCUGUGGUCCUUGCGGAGGCACCAAACACCUUCUUUCCGUCUCUCUCAGGUUUUGGGAGACCAAAAGGAAAAACGUCUUCACACAGGCUGUAAUUCACACUCGGCAUUUGUUAUCACAGGCUGUGGUGAUCGCCACUAACUGAAGACAACUUAAAAAAAAAAAAAGGAUUGGACAAAUUUCACAUAGGAUCAGCCUAUCAAUGCCUACCGGCCCUGAUGACUCAAUGGAGCCUCCAUGUUCACAGGCAGCCUACUACCGAGGAGAAACAAUACUGGGAAGCUGCAAGGGCUAUUGUCUUAGUGCCCUGCUGAUGGGAUUUCUAGAGGCCAUUCUUGGAAAAGGGAUGCUGAAUUGGAUGGGCCUUUGGUCUGACCCAGCAGGGCUGUCGUUUGGAUCUUAGAAAAAUCUGUGUUUACUUCUGCACGUGUUCCAGGCGAGCCGAUUUUCCAUGAGUUUGCAGGGAGGCUGCCCGCAAACAACCUUCAGCCUGCACACCGGCGCUGUUCAUGUCACCUCCGUGUUAAAUGUUGUGCGUUCAUCUAAGAAAAACAGUAUUGUAUACCGGAGUUUUGUUUACUUGGUCAACCUGGUUGCCCUCCGGAUGUUGUUGGCUUCCAACGCCCGUCAGCCCCAGCUGCUAGAAACUGCAGGAGAGGAGAGCCCUCUUGCGCUCUGGUCCUGCUUGUGGGGUUUCCAGAGGCGCCUGGUUGGCCACUGUGAGAACAGGAUGCUGGACUAGAUGGGCCACUGGCCUGAUCCAGUAGGCCACUUCUGAUGUUCUUAUACGGUGGGAGUUACAGCCUGACAAUAUUUGGAGGGUCACAGUUUCCCUGUCCUUGAUUUACUUCUUGCACCAUGAUCUGUGCUUAUUUAAUUUAUCCAGCGCUUGCAUGGAGCUCCCAGAGAUCUCUCAUCUACUAACUCUCAUUAAAUGGAGCUCACUCCAUUGACUGGGGACGUGCUGGCUUGCAACCAACUCCACGUGUGGAUUGCAGCACAAAUGGAACUUUGUAUUCACGUGCUUGUGUGUGUGUGCAUCAUUGUCCCCUAGCCUAGCAACUUACCACAUUCCUUUACCACAUGUUACCAUAUCGGCUACAUUUGGACGAUUCCCCAAGGCUGCCUGCUCCUCCCAUUCCUGUGUCCCCCUCCCGUGACGCACCAGAAGUUCUUGGCUUGUGUGAAGAUCCUGGCUUGCAUUAAUCCAGAGCUCGUCAUUACGUCUGAACUGAGGAACUCUGGCUUAAGGUCGGUUAGCAAACCAGUUCCCCGGUUCAGGAGACACCGGGGACUCUAGCUUGAAGGAAGGUCUUCUUCACACAGCCCAUGGAUGUAAUUCACUCCCGUAAGAGGUAGUAACGGCCACCAACUUGGAAGGCUUUAAAAGGGGGUUGGGCAAACUCAAGGAGGAUGAGGCUACCAAUGGCUACUAGCCACGGUGGCUAUGUUCUACCUUCACUGUUGGAAGCAGGGAGACUCUGAAGGCCAGUCGCCGGGCAUUGCAAAGUGAAGAGCUCAGGUCUUCCUUUUGGGCUUCCCAAAGGCAUCUGGUUGGCCUGAUCCAAAAGGGCUUGUCUUGUGUGCUUCAUUUCCUGUUUUGUUCACCGACAUUAAGUCAGACUUCCCCAGACUCUGGCACUCAUCCAGAGUUUCAUCAACCAAUGAUUAUGAUGAUUUACAUUUAUAUCCCUUCUUUCCUCCAAGGACCUCAAGAUGGUGCAUGUACUUUCCCCUCUGCCCAUAUUACUCUCACAACAACCCUGUGAGGUAGGUUAGGCUGCGAGACAGUGACCGGCCCAAGCUCACCCAGCGGGCUUCAUGGCUGAGUGGGAUUUGAACCCUGGUCUCCCAGAGCCUAGUCCGACACUCUAAUCCUGGGCUCCUGCUGGGAGGAAGGGCGGGAUAUAAAUCAAAUAAUAAAUAAAUAAUCCACUACACUGCACUAGUUCAUGGCUUACGAAGCCUUGGAAUGAUUGUCCAAACAUAGCUGUUGUCUGUUAUUUGCUCACACCCUUUUUCUUUCGCUCUGCCUCAUCUUGUGCAACCCUCCUCCCCCCAGAAAACUGUAGUAGUGUAAUCACUUAAAAUAUUGUGUUUAGAAUAAAGCUUACCAAUGGCAACCAUUUGUUUGAAG